AUAAAAGGCACGCGACUUCCAGCCACUGACAACAUUCUAAGACAACUCAGCAGCAGCUCAACAUGGCCCACAAGUUCAUCUGCUCCCUGCUCCUGAUCGCAGCGAUGGCUGCCGUUUCUGUGGCAGAGCCUACCAGGUUCCGGGUACGAUCUUCCCGUCUGCAGUUUGCCCGUCAGGAGCAGGCUCCAGAGGAUCAGGCAGUUGCGGCAGACCCCGCCGUGGAUAUUGCACCCACCCCGGCCUCGGCUCCUUAUCCGCCAGCAGGAGUGACACCGGAGGUGCCCUUCGACCUGCCCACGGAGACCGAAGCGCAACCUGAUCUAACCUACGGACCACCAGCUGAGCCCGACAACACCUACGGCCCUCCGGAUAACACUUACGGACCACCUGCCGAGCCGGAAAACACCUAUGGACCGCCGGCUGAUGGCCCAGUGGACCAGGCCCCUGCUGCCGAUCCCGUGCCCGCCGGCUUGAUCCAGCCUCGUAACGAACGCCUCCGCAGUCGUCGUCCGACCCCGGAGAAGCUUCGAUCCGCUCAGAUUAUCCGCUCUGGAUCAGUGCUGGUGUACACUAUCUGAAAUGGGUCAACCCUAAUUUGGUAGAAAUCAAAUGGAAUCGACACAUUAGGAUAUGCAUUUAUUACUUUGUUGCUAAAUAAAUUGUUGUUGAAUAUUUUAAUUUAAAUAAUGGAAAAUUUGCUUAAAUAUUCGAGUUAAUCCACCCUUUUGUCAUAAAUUGAAAAUUUCAAAAGAUGUCAGAAAAACUAAAGUAAUUUGUUGAUGGAGCUAAUAGAUAUAAGAACUCAUUUGCUUUCCUAUUAAGAUCUUAUUUUCUUAACAAGGAUCAGGCAUGGCGGAAACCUUUUUAUUUAAAGACACAAGAGAUUCGGGAGUCUCAACUACCAGAUACCCUUUGCUCUAUGAUCUAUUAAAAAUAUUGUCCAAACACUAACCUAUAGUUUCGGCUUCCAAAAGCUUUGAAUAUUAUAAUUUUAUAAUAUUUUCGCAUUACCAUAUGUUUUUAAAUGUUUGAAUAAUUAAAAAUGUAAAACUUAGUUUGAUAUAUGUGAACAGAAGGUAAAUGCUAAGGUAACAAUAAACAAGAAACAAUGCUAUAGUCGACUUCCCUGGAUAUCAGAUACCAGUUACUCAGCUAGUGGAAAUUCGUACUCGAAAUUGCAUACUUUCCCUGGAAUAUCGAUAUAUAUUGAUAAAUAAAGUAAAAAAAAUAUAA